AUGACUUUUAAGGUUAGCAUAACUGAUUUUUUCGUAGAUAUUUAUAAAAGGUAUCCUAAUGAAAGAUUUGUUGGAGUGUACGUGGCGCAUAAACCUACGCUUCUUCUAAGAGAUCCCAAAGAUGUUCAACGAGUCAUGGUAUCCGAUUUCCACUGUUUCUAUCCAAGAGGUUUCAAACUACACAAACAUGAAUCAGAUCCAAUGAGCAAUCAUUUAUUCUCUGUUGAUGGUGAUUUGUGGAAACUUCUUCGAACUCGUAUGACACCGGCUUUCACCAGUGGCAAGCUCAAAGCCAUGUUUCCUUUGAUAGUCGAAAGAGCGGAAAAGCUACAGAUACUUGCAGCUGAUUCUGCAAGCAAAUGCGAAGAGGUAGAUGUUAAAGAGUUAUUAGCGAGGUUUACUACAGAUUUCAUUGGAGCGUGUGGUUUUGGCAUUGAUAUGGAUGCACUGCAAGAUAGAAAUUCAAUUUUCCGUAAACUCGGAGAUAGAAUAAUGAAUAUAAAAACUAUUGACAUUUUAAGAAUGAUAGCGAAAACAUUGAUGCCUUCAUUAAUGAGGCAUGUAGCAGUAGUAGCGCCAGAAGUAAAAGAUAUGACAGUUCAUUUGGUUUCGAGUAUUAUGAAAGAGCGAAAUUAUAAACCCACGGACAGAAAUGAUUUCAUAGAUCUUCUCUUAGAAGCAAAAAAUAAAGGCAAAAUGAUAGGAGAAUCCAUAGAAAAGAAAAACUCUGAUGGUUCCCCUAUCAUUGUGGAACAAGAGAUAGACGAUUUAUUAAUAGCUGCCCAAGUCUUUGUAUUCUUUGCAGCUGGUUUUGAAACUUCAUCUUCUAAUAUGAGUUACACUUUACAUCAGUUAGCAUUUAACCCAGAAAUACAGAAGAAAUGUCAUGAGGAAAUUGAUACAGUUUUGCAAAAGUAUGAUGGAAAGUUAUGCUAUGACGCAAUUAAAGAUAUGAAAUAUUUGAAGAUGUGUUUGAACGAAAGUAUGCGGAUAUUUCCAUCACUUGGAAUUUUAUUUAGAAAAUCAGCGUCGAAAUACACUUUCCCUGAUUCUGAUUUGACGAUCGAUGAAAAUGUAACUGUUAUGGUAGUCAAUCAGGCGAUGCAAAUGGAUGAAAAAUAUUUUGACGAGCCAGAAAAGUUUAUCCCCGAGAGAUUCAGUCCAGCAAAUGCAAGUAAUAUGCAAAAUCAUGUAUUUUUACCGUUUGGUGAAGGACCUCGGGCGUGCAUAGGUGAACGUUUAGGUAUCAUGCAAACAUUAGCUGGUCUAGCUGCAAUACUAAGCAAAUUCACAGUGGCUCCAUCUAAGAAUUCAAAAAGACAAUUAAUCGGCAGUCCAUUUACCCCAAUGCCGCAAAUAGUAAAAGGUGGUGUUCCUUUAAAACUUAUCGCAAGGAAGAAGACAAACUGAUUUCGAUUAUAUUUUGUUUUGUGGUUCAAUAAGUACUUCGAAACAUUAUAAAACACUUCAUAUUUAAGAGUUUUUGUAAUGAAGCAAACUGUUGAUAUAAAGGUAUUUUUAUGUAUGUUGCCUAUUUAGGAAAUUAUUAGAGGUUGCACGAAAAUCCAAUAUUCGACAGUCAAAUAAAAUUUGAUCAAAUUGCUGGAUUUAUCAACGAUUACGUAAAGGUAAAUAUUAGAUAUUAAAAUGUCACAAAUUGUUGUAACUGUGACACUUAUUUUUAUCAUGAUACCUACUAAGGUAUAAUUGUAUAAACAAUAAUUAGUAAUAUUCAUUUAGUAUAAUAAUCAAAAUCUCAAUUAUUUAUUUGUUAUUUUUAUAAUGUCACAGAAUUAAUCAAUUUAUUUUGAUGUAAUGAUUUGAUAAAAUUAAUAGGUUUGUUAACGGAAUCGUUUGAUAUUUGAUGAUCACACAUUGAGGCAACAUUUGCCAUAUUCGAAUGACCAGGCGCUGUCAAUAUACUUCGAACCGAUCAGCGCUGCGAUUCUGUAAAAAUCCGAACAGUCAGGUGCCCGAAUUCACUUCGUAAGCGACAUCCGCUUAACCUUGAAUCGGUGUUAUCGUUUCGUGACGUAAGUGAAGUGAACUUCAAUUUUGUUUUGUAUUUUUAUACAAAAUCUGGAAUCAAUAGAAUUCCUACAAUAAAUGACGUGAAUUCGGAUGCGAAUUUGGGUUCGGAUUUUUACGGAAUCGCUCUGCAGUUCUGACAAUGUGUUUAGUGGGAUUAAUCGGCUCUAAAGCAAAAGUUUAACUAAAAUCUAACUAAGGACUAAAAAAAAUUUAGUUACAAAUAAUAUUGUGAAAUUAAAUGUUAUGAGUAUACCUAUUAAUAAUGCCUGUUUUGGAAACCUGCGGGAUAAUACUAUACUGUGGCUCUGACACGUAACUUCUUUGAUAUUAUCUAUUAUUGUACAUUCAAUACAAGCACUUCUGACAAAACAAAAUGAAUAUAAUUUGCUUGGAAAUUGGAUAUUUCGUUUACAAGUGAUCCGUUUAACUUGGAAUACUUUUAUUAGAACUGAUAUCAUCGAAAUAGGUCUUCAAAGGACCCCUAAAAAUAUUUGCAAGACAGGAGGCUGUCAAAAAAAUUAGAUUCCUUUAGGCGUGUGGAUUGAGUUCUAUUUCUUUUUAAGGGCAAACUUUUGAAAUAUUCAAGAUAUUUAGUCCUUGUUUCCAUAAAAAAGAUGUUUUUAUAAUACAAUCACAAUUACUUUAUUAAAAACCACUUUGUUUUAUCACACUCUCCGUGUUACAAUAGAUUCGUAUCUAUACGAAGUAUAUACGUAUUUUUAAAAUUCUACGCUUGUGAACUCUAUAUCUGAUUAAUUUAUAUUGUUUUCCUUAUUCUGUGUAUUAUUUUCAGUACAAUAAAGAAUUUACUAUUCAGUAUGCUGAGUAAGCUUGCAUUAAUGGAAUUUUAGUGUAAUAGUAAAAACUCUAUAUUUUUACUAGUACCUAUGAACUGCAUACAUUCUACCGAUUUGGAGCAUAGAUUCCCUAUUUAAUUAAAUGGAUAUUUAUUAUAUAAAUAUCCAUUUAAUUAAAUGUACAUACAUCCGUUUUGAUAUCCAUAUUCGCAAAAAGGGGCUAGUAGAAAAUCAGCUUUAGCGCUAGCCGACGAAUGUCGAACUAGUCACCUUUUUAGGACAAUCAUAAAAUGCUGAAAAAAACAAUUUCAACUACAAUAUUAAAAUUUAUUUUUUUACUUAUAAUUAUUUUGACAAUCUGGUAUUGUGUAUUGUCUUAUAUGUUUUUGUAACAACAUGUAAAAUAAAUUAAAUUGAAUAAACAAGCUUUUAUAUGUGCACACUAAAACGUAAAUAAUAGUUUUAUGCUAGACAAGUACAUAAAGUUAAUGUGAAAGUACUAAUAAUCAAAAUUUUCUCUAACAGUAAUUGUAUUGAAAAGCUUGUAGUGUGUAAAAAAUAUGUAUAUUUUCUCGUCUCCGAUUUCAUUAAGUAUCUCUACAAAGUUCUAGUCGAUUGCGUUAGAGAAAAUUUUGAUUAUAAGUACUUUAACAUUACUGUUAUCAACUUGUCUUGCAUAAAAUUAUGAUUACCGUUUUACUGCGUACAAAUAAAAAGCUUGUUUUAAAAAAACUUUCUUUAUUAUAUAUUUUUUUUAGUUUUGUCUUAUUCUAUUCAUUUUUGACAAAGCAUCAUGUUGUGCACAUAAAAGGAUUAAAAGAGCCCAAACAC